AUCUUGUAGCAACUGAGCAAGCGCAAGCGCAAACCUCUCCGUAACGUGUAACUCCUGCAUAGUUUAAAGGUCUGGAGUAUACUGCGUGUUUGGUUAACCAGAGCUAGCGAAAUGUCUGCCUGUUGUGCAGUUUCAUAAUUUGUGCGUUCGUCCGAGCCUUGUAUAUAUUCUAAGUGUGCAAAGAGAGAAUUUAACAGACUGUUCGUCGUGUAAUAUUCGUUAAAGUCGCACACGCGCAACGGUUUGCUCGCAGCGAUCAAGUGGGGAAACAAUAACAAACAAUGGCGCAGGGCUCUGUAUGAUCUUUCUCGAAGUGUGUAUCGGGUCGGACAUUGUAAAGCGUAUCGCGGAUAAACGUAUCGCCGUGUAACAGUCCAGAUUUUCUUCGUGAACAUUUACGUAUCGUUUCGCCUAAGCGUGACGUAUUUUCCGAUCGAGUUGUAUCGAGCGGAGCAACGGAGGUUAGCGUCUGGCAUACGGUUCAAGGAUUCAAAUCGUAUGACGACCGACUGUUUCGAGACGCGUUUAUCACGCGCCUGUUCUUUUUCUCCGAGGCUUGUGCCAAAAGACGUACGUUGCGCAACAUAAAUACGUUUGUGACAUUCUUUGGGAAGUAUUGUUUGCCGCAACGCUAAUUCGGAGUCCAAGUGGAACGGUCUCUUGAGUUCUUGGUAACUCUAAAUGACAACUGCAAUGGGAGGAGUGAAUCUUCAUACGCCUCCGUCGAUAUUUCAACAUAUGAUGGGACAGCAGAAUGUUCCCCAACAGCCUGCAAUGUGGAUGCAAAUGCCACAAGUACCUCCAAUGACAAUACCAUGGAGCGUGCCCUCCUUAAACCAACAAGAAUUAGUCAGAUUUACUGGUGAGCAGAGUUUUAAACCGAUCAUCCAUCAGAAAAGAAAACUAGAAGCUGUUGAUUUAUUAGACGCAAGGCAGACAAAACAAUUUAUAACGGAAGACAAAAUGACUGCUCAUUUCAAAGAAUUGCAUAUCAGUCCAAAUUAUCAGCCGUCGUCGCCGGUACCGUCAACGUCAACGGCUGAUUCGCAGUCAGCUUCUGCCAGAGAACUAAAUAUGGAUCUGGACAUAGGUGCAACGAGUACGGUAGACGCGGAUCGAAUAAAAUCUGGACAUUGCAGAUUGGUGCUUUCGGAGGAAUUGAAGAAAUUGCAACCAGAACCUCUUCUUCCAUCUUCGUUGUUGUCUAAAUUGGAGAGGCCCUCCAUGGCUCUAGUUCUUUGGGAACCGCCGUGCAAACACCUUCGCAUUUUUCCAACGAGAGACCUGGCUACUACCACCCCCAAUGCGUCCGACGACAACAACAAUAAUAACAAUAAUAAUAACGAUGCCAUUCCCGACUUGAAUCAAACGUUAUCGAGUAACGCGUCAGUUUACGAGCCGAUGGAAUUAUGAAGGUAAUUUGUCAGCAAGUUUCUUAUUUCUGUAUAUUGCUGGACGACGGGGUAAAUGAUAUUGUAUUCUAAAAUGUACGUAGAUUAUGAGGAGGGUGGGAAGAUAUGUCAUGCCUUUUAUUUUUUAUCCAAUAUGCUUUGUGUAAUAUUUUGUGAAGUAACGAAGGUAUAAAGCCUUUUUUUUUUAUUGGGCGAAUACACUCUAUAUCGGGUAGUUAAUUAUGCAGUGAGAAUCUGUUGCUGUUAUGUUUUAAGUUGGAAUGUAUUUGUUGCGUUUCGCAAAGUGUGUAACCACUUUAAUACGUUCACGCCGGGAUGAACUACUGUGGACUUUUGUCUGAUUUUUUGUUAAAAAAAUUAGGAAAAAAGUUCGUAAAUUCGGGAAUAACAAUGUCCGUUUUUGUUUCGAGUAUCUUGUAUUAACAAAAAAAAAAAUACACCGAUUGGACAAACGACUUCGUUCUGGUGGAAGGAAGUACAAAGUAAUAGAGCCGCCCAUCGUGAGUGUAUUAACUGAGUAAGCGUAAACUGGUUAUUAUAAAUUAUAUAUAAUUAUAAUUUGUGCGUGUAAACUGGUUGAAAGGAAAAAUGUGUCUUUAGCAAAUGCGUUCAGAAGUUUAAUAUUGAAUUCAGUAUUAUUGUAAUUAUCAUCGUUAACGUGUUAAAAAAGUGUCACGUCGAUACUGUUCGUGACAUUACUGUUUGAUCUGUACAAAGUUUGUAUCCAUCAUUUAUUUCGUUGUGAUUGAAAUUCUAGUGUAAUACGAAUGCUAUGUUAAAAUUGGAAUGCACAAGGAAAGAAAAGUGAUUUUUACCGAGGUAGUUUUUAUUUCUACACUGUAUGUGCA